AUGGGGACCGGGACGUCGGUCGGUAGUAACGUUAAAUUGAGUUGUACACAUUCCCCGAGACACGAUGUCAAGUACAUUUUGAUCAAAACUGGAUGGGGUUCUUCAGGUCAAUGGAGGUUCCCUAACGAUGUUGCGUGUACCCAUGAAUUAAACAGUAACGUGAACGUUCCCACAAGCUCUACAGGCUGCAAUGGCGUCAGCACCUAUGCAUGUAACUCAGGAUACAAACAAUUUGCUGGAAACACACAGCGUACAUGUUACGGAAAGUUCUGGACGGGACACCCACUUGUCUGUUCUGUUUCAACUUGCAAGAUUGACAUCCUGUUCAUUAUAGAGGCUUCCUCAUACACCUCUUCUAUUUACUCAGAAUUAGUAUCAGUUAUUGGUGAUUUGGUGAGGACAAUGCAAAUUUCAACCAGUAAUAUACAAGUUGGGGUGAUAUCCUAUGACAACGCUGUGGACCAGAAUAUCAAGUUUAACGUCUAUUCCACGGCGGCAUUACUGGACACUGCUAUUACGUCAUUAUCGAUACCAAGUGCUUCUUCAACAAUUAACCUCGCCGAGGCAUUGCGUGUUGCAUUUUAUGAUUUUGUUAAAUUGUCAAAUGGGAACAGAUAUCAAGCAUAUAAAUACAUUGUUAUUGUUGGUAAAUCAACUCCUCACUCUCCCGGGGCAGCUAUUGGACUCAAUAUAAGACAGGUGGCAAAAAAUCAGGUUUUCGGAAUUGGUAAGAAAUGGAAAUUUUAUGUAUUUCUAUAUUAA